AUGGCAAAUCGCUGGCAGCAACAAGAAACAUGCGACGUCUCGGCGCUCGCGAAACCCUUGGAGUUCAACUUUUCAAGGCGGGUUGCCAAGAAUCGCUUCAUGAAAAGCGCCAUGGCUGAGUCUUUGGCGACCUGGAGUGCUGAUGAGCCAGAACAUAUUGGUAUUGCCACGGAACAAUACGCCAACCUUUACAAACGGUUCGGGGAAGGUGAUUGGGGUGUCAUAGUCACAGGCCAAAUUGAUAUUGAUGCUCGCCUGUACAAUCGUGGCAAUAUUGUCAUCGGCAAGGAGCAUCAGCCGAUUCCAGGGGACCUACGAUUUGAACGUCUGAAACAAGCUGCCGCAGCUGCAACUGCUCAUGGCUCUUUGAUCCUUGGACAAAUAGUUCAUGUGGGCAGGCAAGUUGAUGCUAGGGUAUCAGCGGAGACAAUCUCGGCAUCCCCUAUCCCGUUGGAGCCAAAGUGGGGCAUGACUUUUGCCAAGCCCCGCGAGGCUACAAAGGCCGACUUGUCAGACGUGAUCGAAAGCUUUGCCCAUGCAGCUUGGUACCUCGAACAAGCCGGUUUUUCUGGUGUUCAAUUACACGCAGCUCACGGCUUUUUGCUAUCGGCAUUCCUCUCCCCGUCCACCAACAAUCGCACUGACGAGUACGGAGGAAGUCUAUAUAACCGUACACGUUUGAUUCUAGAGAUUAUGAGAGCUAUCAAAGCCAAAGUAUCGCCCAAUUUUAUCCUGGGCAUCAAGGUCAACAGUACCGAGUUUCAGGAGAAUGGCUUCACUGGAGAAGACGCAGUGACUCUUUGCAAAGCACUGAGUGAUGACCAAUUUGACUUUAUCGAAUUGACCGGAGGGACCUUUGAAGUGCUCCACUUCGAAAAGAAAGCUCUGAGUACCACUACUAGAGAGGGCUUUUUUCUCGAAUUUGCAAAGUCAAUUAUACCUGUACUCGACAAGACAAGGUCCUAUACGUCAGGAGGCUUUCGUACUAGUUCUGGUAUGGUGAGCGGAAUCGCUACAGUUGACGGAGUAGGCUUAGCACGUGCUGCAGCACAAGAGCCCUACUUGCCAAGGGACAUUCUUUCUGGGGUCAUCACGGCCGCUAUCAGACCCAUACAACCGUUUUUAGAGGUGCACCAUAUUUCGCUUGCCCUAGCAGGUAGCCAGAUUCGUGAAAUUGGCAUGGGUCGAGAUCCUCCUGAUAGUAGCGAUUGGGAGAAGAUUCAAGGGGCGCUGAAGCAAUUGCAAGCUUGGACUAAAACCGACGUUGGCAACAGACAUGGCAUUGGUUGGCUUAAGCUUGAUCUGGAAGCAUAG